UCACAGCGCUUUGCGUCACUUAUCUUCAUACUUCCACAGACUUUUCCCCCCGCCUCCCCCCUUUCUUUUCCCUCCCGCCCGUGCUCAGACGCGCCGCUCCCAGGUGUGGGGACUCGCUGGCACCGCUCGCAGCCCCGGCACGGCGCGGCCCAGGCGCUGCCGGUGCUGCUGAUCAGCAGCUGUCUGAAACUCUGCUGUGUAGGGAGCCCCUAUAAUUACCUGUGGCGUUGUAGAGCAAUUUGGGAUUUCUAGUGAAGAGAACUGAGUAGGAAUUGAUUAAUUUAAGUUGGGUACCUGUCACCGAACAGUCUUCCCUUUUUGAAUUAUUUGGGAGCAGCAUUUGAGAGUCUGCUUUAAGAAGACAAAACUUGUGGGUUCAGUUUCUGCUUCUGCCAUCAGCUUGCUUUUGUUCCUGUUUAUCUUCCAAGCAGCAAAUUGCUGCUGUUUGAUACAAUGUCUGCUCCAAGUGGUGUCCCUGUACCAUCUGCCCCACCUUCUUAUGAAGAAACAACAGGAAUCAACGUGAACUAUCCUCACCCCUAUCCUGUCCCAGAACCUGGCCAGAAACUGGAUGGGAAGGGAAUGAACCCUCCACCGUACAUGGGGCAGCCUGCACCAGCAAAUAACCCCAUUACAGUUCAGACAGUGUACGUGCAACAACCAGUAGUGUUUUAUGACCGCCCAAUUCAGAUGUGCUGCCCUUCCUGUAACCAGAUGAUAGUGACACGUCUCUCGUAUGACUCAGGAGCUUUGACUUGGCUCUCCUGUGGUGGCCUUUGCCUGCUGGGGUGUAUAGCUGGCUGCUGUUUAAUUCCCUUCUGCAUUGAUGCCCUAAAGGAUGUGGAUCACAUCUGCCCAAACUGCAGUACUCUUAUUGGUUCUUACAAACGUUUAUAGGCAGUGUUUACACAUUGAUGAAGUUGGUUAGCACCUCUACAAGCCCUCUCUGAAGCUUCAUGGAGACUUCUGGUUGUUUCUGUGCAUCCUGUCACUGGAAAACAAUAAAAAGUAAUGUUUAUUGCUAGAUUGUUUGAAUAGGACUUUGCUUGAGAGGAUUCUGACUUAGGUCUGUAAAAAGUAUAGGUAAUCUUUAUGGGCCACUCAGUCCAGCACCAGUUGAUAGCAACUAAAUGUUUUCCCUUUCUGCUUUAUGCAAAACAGGUUGGUGAUGUUCUUCAGUUAAUCUUGUUUUGAUCAUGUUGCACUCUGGUGUGCUUGCUUACAGGCUCAUUGCAGACCAAGAGGAGAACGUCUGUGGAGACUAUAAUCUCAUUGCUUGGUGUUGAUGCUUUUGCAGCAGCACUGUUCACAAACUGGCAGGAGUUGCUUGCCUCCAAGACAGGUGUUCCUCUUUGACAAAGAAGUGAUUUGUUGGCAUCUUUUCAUGAGCACUAGAAUUCACUUUAAAACUUUCUUAGCUGAAAGAGAACCAAACCUAAAGGCUUCUUCUUUCUUGGAGGCUGCUUUACCAAAUGGACAACUCAGGUUAUUGUGCAUCAGUGGUGAUUCAAUAUAGUACCUGAAUUUCCUUGCCAGUUUCAAGUGUAGUCAUAUCUCUACUCUGCAGUAAAGAUAUUUGUACAGGAAUUUUUAAUAGAUACUUGUUCGGUGUUUUUUGUUUGGUUGGUUUUUUUUUACUGCUGAUUUAUAAGUCUGUGUUCUCUUCUCUCCACCCCAGUGGAAAUGCCCAUAGAACCUCGGUUAUAGCAUUGGAAAACUUUCUUGUACAUUUACAUAAAUCAACUGAUAGAUCAUAAACAAACCUCAGCCUUAUUUUAAGGCUUGAUUUCCACCUGCAAAACACAGAUACAGGACUUGGGCUUUUAAUUGUUGAUCUGUUUGUUAAUUACUGUUUCUUAAGAAGGUUACGUGUUUGUUAAGAAGUUUCUCUGAUUAUUUAGACUUGGACCCUGAUUUUUCUAAAUAAAAGAGAAGUUCUGUUUUCAGAAACUUAAGCUGGAUAUGCUUAUUGAAGAUGAUGAUCACAAAAAAUUAGAGAAUGAGGCUCUGAAGGUUGAAGUAUUUUACUAUGUCACAAGCAGCAGACUUGGUCCAAAUAACAUCUUGUUGCAUUUGAAUGAUACCUGUCUAGAAAAGGCAGACAAGUGUUUAAACAAGGCUAUGAUGCUAAUGCUGUAUUAAUCUCUGUAAAAAUAAAAAUCUAAAAUAAAUACAAAUAAAAAAAUACUACAUCUAC